GCAUGCUGUUCUGAUCUUUGCUUCAAUUGUAAAAAUCCAACCACCAGUACCCAACCCUUUAGCUGCCGAGUGGCUCAUUCAUCCAUGUUUUCUUCAGCCUUUUGCUUCCGAUCCUUUGUUUUACUUUUAUCUUUAAUCUCAGUCACCUGCUCCAACUACACUAAUGAGACUGACUUAUUAGCCUUAAUCCAAUUCAAGAACAAAAUAGUGGAUGACCCUCUUGGGAUCAUGAGCUCGUGGAAUAGUACUAUCCAUUUCUGCCAGUGGCAUGGUGUCUCUUGUGGUCGUAGGCACCAAAGGGUCAGAGUGUUAGCCCUACAGUCCCUCAAACUUUCAGGUACCAUAUCACCCCAUAUUGGCAAUCUGAGCUUUUUAAGGGAACUACACCUUCAAAACAAUAGUUUCUUUCAUGAAAUCCCUCCACAGGUUAGCCGUUUGCGUAGUUUGCAGAUAUUUUCUCUACACAAUAAUUCCAUCUCUGGUCAAAUUCCUCCUAGCAUAUCUGAUUGCUCUAGCCUUAUUUCAAUUAAAAUUGAAUUCAACAAUCUGACAGGAGAAAUUCCUAUGGAGCUAGGCUCUUUGUUGAAGCUCAAAAACCUUACUCUGGAAGUCAAUGGUCUUACAGGGACUAUCCCUCCUUCUUUAGGGAAUCUAUCCUCCCUUGAGAUCCUUCGGCUAGAAAAAAAUAAAAUUCUGUUUGGGAAUGUUCCUAGUACUCUAGGAAAAUUGAAGAAUCUUAGGAUUUUAAAUCUGAUGGAUAACAGGCUUUCAGGUGUCAUUCCACCCUCAAUCUUCAAUCUUUCUUCAUUGACAGGUUUGGAUAUAGGAUACAACCUUUUCCAUGGAAAUCUUCCAUCUGAUAUAGGCAUAUCUCUCCCAAAUCUUGAAUUCUUUUCAAUCGCCUCAAACCAGUUCACUGGUUCCAUUCCUGUUUCCAUAUCAAAUGCUUCAAAUAUUGAAUUGCUUCAAGUAAGUUUAAAUAAUCUAACAGGAGAAGUUCCUACAUUAGAAAAGCUGCAUAGGCUCAACUUUUUCACCCUUUUCUCCAACCAUUUAGGAAGUGGACAAGCUAAUGACUUAAGCUUUCUCUCCUCGUUGACCAAUGCCACCACUUUGGAGUAUUUGUCUAUUAAACGAAAUAACUUUGGUGGGGAGUUGCCGAAACAAAUCAGCAAUCUCUCAACCAUGCUCGGGGUGAUCAGUCUACCGGAAAAUAACAUAUUUGGAAGCAUCCCAGCUGGAAUAGAGAAGCUGGUGAACUUGAAAGUUUUUGAUGUUGGCAACAACAAAAUCUCAGGUAUUAUUCCUUCUAGCAUUGGAGAGCUUCAAAAUCUUGAGGGAUUGGUUCUUGACUACAACAAUUUAUCAGGGCGUAUUCCAUCCUCUGUAGGGAAUCUGACCAAAUUAAUGGCUCUCUAUUUAGGGGAUAACAGUCUUGAAGGUAGCAUCCCCUCAAGUCUAGGGAACUGCAAGAAAUUGUUAGUGUUGACUCUGUGUGGAAAUAAUCUUAGUGGUGACAUACCCCCAGGACUUUUUGGGAUCUUCUCAUUACUGUAUAUCUGUUUUUCUAAAAACCAUUUUUCGGGUUCCCUUCCCAUUGAAAUAGGAAAGUUAAUAAAUCUAGAAUUCUUAGAUGUAUCUGAAAACAUGUUAUCAGGUGAGAUUCCUAGCAGUCUUGGGGGUUGUAUAAGCCUUGAAGGCUUGUAUAUGAAUUCCAACUUCUUUCAUGGGUCCAUUCCUUCAGCAUUGAGUUCACUGAGAGGAGUUCUACAGUUCAACUUUUCUCAUAACAACUUGUCAGGGAAAAUUCCAGAGUUUUUUCAGGGCUUUAACUCAUUAGAGAUGUUGGAUCUCUCUUAUAACAACUUCGAGGGCAUUAUACCAGAUGAAGGAAUUUUCAAGAACUCAACUGCAGUUUCAGUCAUAGGAAAUAGCCAGCUAUGUGGUGGUAACACCGAGUUUGGGCUGCCUAGAUGCAAGUUCCAACAACCAAAGAGGCUGAAACUCAAAUUGAAGAUAGCAAUCUUUGCCAUUACAGUGCUUCUAGCAUUGGCCCUUGUUGUCACUUGUUUAUUUCUUUGUUCAUCAAGAAGGAAAAGAAGAGAACUUAAAUUGACCUCUAUGCGGAAUGAGCUAUUGGAGGUGUCUUAUCAAAUUCUCUUAAAAGCUACCAAUGGAUUCUCUUCAGCGAAUUUGGUUGGUAUAGGUAGCUUUGGGUCUGUGUAUAAAGGAAUACUUGACCAAAAUGGAAUGGUCAUUGCUGUCAAAGUGCUUAAUCUCAUGCGUCAAGGAGCUUCUAGGAGUUUCAUAGCUGAAUGUGAAGCCCUGAGAAACAUCAGACAUCGGAAUCUUGUCAAGGUAUUAACUGCAUGCUCAAGUAUUGAUUACCAUGGUAAUGAUUUCAAGGCUAUAGUUUAUGAGUUCAUGGCUAAUGGGAGUCUAGAGGAUUGGCUGCAUCCAACUGGUACAGGAGGUGGCACAACGCUGACUCUAAAUCUUCUCCAGAGACUUAACAUUGCCAUCGAUGUUGCGUGUGCACUAGAGUACCUUCAUCAUCAUUGUGAAAUGCCAGUAGCUCACUGUGAUCUUAAACCAAGCAAUGUUCUUCUCGAUGAUGAACUCACUGGACAUGUAGGUGACUUUGGGCUAGCAAAAUUUCUUUCUGGAGCAAGCCUUGAUUAUCCAACAAAUGAAUCAACUUCAAUUGGAGUAAGAGGAACUAUAGGUUACGCUCCUCCAGAGUAUGGCGUAGGAGGUGAAGUGUCAGCAUAUGGUGAUACAUAUAGCUAUGGCAUACUCUUGUUGGAGAUGUUCACAGGAAAGAGGCCCACUGAUGAAAUGUUUAGAGAAGGCUCAAAUCUUCAUAACUUUGUCAAGGGAGCUGUGCCUGAACAAGUGAAACAGAUAACAGAUCCAACUCUUCUUCAGGAAGAACCAACUGGGGACGGCGACAAACAUGAAAUUAGCAGCAUGAGAAACAGCAGAUCUCUCGAGUGCUUGAACUCAAUAUUACGAAUUGGAAUCUCAUGUUCUGUUGAAUUUCCAAGAGAGCGCAUGAAGAUUAGCGACGCCGUUGCUCAACUCCAUUCUGUCCGAAAUGAACUUCAAUCAACUGGUGGUAAUAAUGCUAUCUUCCUACUUAAAAGUUAG